CGGCGGCCGAACUUCCGGCGGCGGCGGCGGGAACCGGGUAGCGGGCGGGCGUGUAGGCCGCGGAGGAGGCGAAUCCGGCGGGAAUCGGAGCCAUCAGAACCGCCACCAUGACUGUGGGCAAGAGCAGCAAGAUGCUGCAGCACAUCGACUACAGGAUGCGCUGCAUCCUGCAGGACGGCCGCAUCUUCAUCGGCACCUUCAAGGCCUUUGACAAGCACAUGAAUCUGAUCCUCUGCGACUGUGAUGAAUUCCGGAAGAUCAAGCCAAAGAAUUCAAAACAAGCAGAAAGAGAAGAGAAGCGAGUCCUUGGGCUGGUGCUGCUUCGAGGGGAGAACCUGGUCUCGAUGACAGUAGAGGGACCUCCUCCCAAAGAUACUGGCAUUGCCCGAGUGCCACUUGCUGGAGCUGCUGGGGGUCCAGGGAUUGGCAGGGCUGCUGGCAGAGGAAUCCCUGCUGGUGUUCCAAUGCCCCAGGCUCCUGCAGGACUUGCUGGGCCAGUCCGUGGGGUUGGUGGACCAUCCCAACAGGUGAUGACCCCACAAGGAAGAGGCACUGUUGCAGCUGCUGCUGCUGCAGCCACCGCCAGUAUUGCAGGGGCUCCCACCCAAUACCCACCCGGCCGUGGAGGUCCUCCCCCACCGAUGGGCCGAGGGGCACCCCCUCCAGGCAUGAUGGGCCCACCUCCUGGCAUGAGGCCACCAAUGGGUCCCCCAAUGGGGAUACCCCCUGGCCGAGGAACUCCAAUGGGCAUGCCUCCUCCGGGAAUGCGGCCUCCUCCCCCGGGGAUGAGAGGCCUCCUUUGAUCCUUGGCCAGAGUUGUGGAAGUAGCUCUCCAGAAGCGCGGGCCCGAUUCCCCAAGGCCACGUUCCCACAGACCUAUUUGUUUCUUAUGGCGUUGUUCAUGGGGUCUCACCGGAUUGUCUGGUUUCCCUUUCAGGGCCCCCUCCCCCGGGAAUGUGCCCACCAAGGCCCUAGACUCAGCGUGGCCCUCCUCAGCUCCCUGCCUGCUUCCUGCAAGGCUGUACAUAGUCCUUUCAUUUCUUCGUGGCCUGUGAAAUUAGUUUGUAAUAAACUCGAGAAUAUCUCAA